UUCGUUUGUGAGAAGCAACGAGACAUCAGCGUCAUGCCCGAGCCAGCAAAGUCCGCGCCCAAGAAGGGCUCCAAGAAAGCCGUCACCAAGACCGCAGGGAAAGGCGGCAAGAAGCGCCGAAAGUCUAGGAAGGAGAGCUACGCCAUUUACGUGUACAAAGUCCUGAAGCAGGUCCACCCCGAUACCGGCAUCUCCUCCAAGGCCAUGGGAAUCAUGAACUCGUUCGUGAACGACAUCGAGCGCAUCGCCGGAGAGUCGUCUCGCCUGGCCCACUACAACAAGCGUUCCACCAUCACCUCCAGGGAGAUCCAGACCGCAGUGCGCCUGCUGCUCCCCGGAGAGCUGGCCAAGCACGCAGUGUCCGAGGGCACCAAGGCCGUGACCAAGUACACCAGCUCCAAGUAAACAGCGCAUUUGGAGUGCUGUAGUAACCCAAAGGCUCUUUUAAGAGCCAC